CUUAUAAGUUUGUGCACACUGCGUUUCUCUCUUUCAGCGUUAGGGUUUAAGUAUCAUACUGAAUCGUAGAGGGAAGAAAGAAGAAGAAGAAGAAGAAGAAGAAAAUCAUGCACGCACCGGUGCUUGUUCUCAAGGACUCUUUGAAACGCGAGUCCGGAAGCAAGGUUCAGCAUGCUAAUAUCCAGGCUUCGAAGGCUGUUGCUGACAUUAUUCGUACAACAUUGGGUCCGAGAUCCAUGUUGAAGAUGCUACUCGAUGCUUCUGGAGGAAUUGUGGUGACUAAUGAUGGAAAUGCUAUUUUGCGUGAGUUAGAUAUUGCACACCCAGCUGCAAAGUCGAUGAUCGAACUAAGCCGCACGCAAGAUGAAGAAGUGGGAGAUGGAACUACAUCAGUCAUCGUUCUUGCUGGUGAAAUGCUCCACGUUGCAGAAGCAUUUAUUGACAAAAAUUAUCAUCCUACCGUUAUCUGCCGAGCCUAUAACAAAGCUUUGGAGGAUGCUAUUGCUGUGCUUGACCAAAUUGCGAUGCCCAUUGAUGUGAAGGACCGUGGAACAAUGUUGGGGCUGGUUAAGAGCUGUAUAGGCACAAAAUUCACUAGUCAGUUUGGGGAUCUAAUUGCUGAUCUAGCUAUAGAUGCCACCACAACAAUUGGUGUUGAUCUCGGCCAAGGCUUGCGGGAAGUGGAUAUUAAGAAGUACAUUAAGGUUGAGAAGGUCCCUGGUGGACAGUUGGAAGAUUCAAAAGUUCUUAAAGGAGUUAUGAUUAACAAAGAUGUAGUUGCCCCUGGCAAAAUGAGGAGAAGGAUUGUCAACCCACGCAUCAUUCUUCUUGAUUCUCCCCUCGAGUACAAAAAGGGUGAGAACCAAACAAAUGCUGAGCUAGUUAGAGAAGAGGAUUGGGAAGUCCUGUUAAAAAUGGAAGAAGAAUACAUCAAGAACCUUUGUGAUCAGAUAGUGAUGUUCAAACCAGACUUAGUAAUCACAGAGAAGGGUCUUAGUGAUUUGGCAUGCCAUUAUCUGUGCAAGCAUGGAAUCAGUGCAAUCAGAAGGUUGAGGAAGACCGACAAUAAUAGAAUAGCCAAAGCAUGUGGUGCCAUUAUCGUGAACAGACCAGAUGAAUUGCAGGAGUCUGAUGUUGGUACUGGAGCUGGGCUGUUUGAAGUAAAGAAAAUUGGGGAUGAAUUUUUUGCUUUCAUUGUUGACUGCAAAGAUCCAAAAGCUUGUACUGUACUUUUAAGAGGUGCCAGUAAGGAUCUCUUGAACGAGGUGGAAAGAAACUUGCAGGAUGCCUUGUCUGUAGCAAGAAACAUAAUAAAAAAUCCAAAACUUCUUCCUGGAGGUGGUGCUACAGAGUUGACUGUCUCUGCUACUUUGAAGCAGAAGAGUUCAUCUAUUGAAGGCAUAGAAAAGUGGCCUUAUGAAGCUGCUGCCAUAGCUUUUGAGGCUAUACCCCGUACUUUAGCACAGAAUUGUGGGGUGAAUGUGAUUCGAACCAUGACUGUGCUGCAAGGAAAGCAUGCAAAUGGUGAAAAUUCCUGGAUUGGCAUAGAUGGAAACACUGGAGCUGUAACUGACAUGAAAGAGCGGAAGAUCUGGGAUGCCUACAAUGUGAAGGCUCAGACCUUUAAGACAGCCAUAGAAGCUGCUUGCAUGCUUCUUAGGAUUGAUGACAUUGUCAGUGGGAUCAAGAAGAAGCAAGCUCCUGGUGCAGGUCCACCAAAGCCUAAGAUUGAGACUGAAGCCGAUGCUGACACUGAGCAAAUACUUCCCGACUAGUACACGAGAACAGACAAACAAACGAACAAACCGGCUCUGUUUUUUUUUUUUAAAGUAUUUUUUUAGGAAGAAGCAAGAUGGUCUGACUCUUGCUGGCUGUUGUUGUACAAGGGUUUUGUUGGGCUUUUGAUUUGAUCACUGCUUGAAACCUCCUUGUCUGUUAUGGGGGCAAUUUUGAACUUGUACUCACUUCAACAAUUUAAUUUGGAUUUCUUUAAGUAUUGGUGAUGAUUUCUCCUUA